AUGAAUUGUCAUCAGAUCCUGAGUGGUGCCUGCAAUGCUGGCGAUCGGUGUUUUGCUGUUGGAUCCGUCGAGGGAGUCCCAUUCACCGCAUACGCGGCCGGUUGCAAUAUUGUCGUGCUAGCGAGCAACUUCGAGCGUGUGCAAAUCAUCCCCGGCGCGGUACACAACUAUAUCCGUAUAUCGGCCCUAGACACGAGCACCGACACGGGCAAGAUAGCGGCCGCGUACGAGGACAAGGUGUGCAUCUUCGAACCGACGCCCCUCAUCCACACCGACCGCUCGUCUACGCACGGCUUGGAGUACAAAUGGGUACAGACAGGUAGUUUGCAGGCCGCGUCCCACAUUAGCUCGCUCUCGUGGAACCUCGAAGGAACGCGGCUGCUGACGGGUGGUACAGUAUUACAACUUUGGCACGAGCGGCUCUCGAAGGAUGAGGAUGAACCGACCUCGGUCAAGUUUGAAAUUGGCGGAUCGGAACGGGACCCGAAAACGCCCACCGGAGAGGAGGAAUCGGAUAGCAGUUCCUGGGACUGUGUGUGGAAGUGUCACACCGCCACUCCCGUACACCAUAUGGCGUUUAGUCCGGAUGGUACACUGUUCGCCACCUCCGGCAAAAGUGACCGGUUGGUGAAGGUCUGGUACGAGAACAAGCACAUUCUGUUUCCGAACAAAAGCUUCGAUCAGACACAGUCACAAAGCAGCUUUAUCGGGGCACCGGAAGUGAGCUAUGGGUUCGUGUACGUGGCCCAUCCGCGUGCCGUGACGCACAUCUCGUGGCGCAAAACGAGUAAGUACAUGCCGAAGGGAUCGGUCUCGAACAUGCUGGUCACAUCCUGUCUGGACAACAUCUGCCGUAUCUGGGUCGAGACGGUGCUGCCGGACGAUGGGCUGGUGAACAUGAACCAGUUCGAUCCGCUCGCGUCCCAAAAUCCAAAGUUUCGUACCCAUCGCCACAAGCAUCGCUUUAUGCAGCGCCUGAAGCACAUGAAAACGUGUUUCCACAUCCGCCGGCAUGCGAAGCACGGUGGUGGCGGAGGGCCAGCAAACGGAUUGAACGGCAUGGGAGCCGGAUUCGGUGGGCCCGGUGCCAGUAGCUGCUCGGUGACGGGAUUCGGUAACGCCCCGAUACCGACGCUGCCGUCCACGUACAGUGUGCACGAUUUUCACUCGUACGGCUACCAUGGAACGGGAAUGACGCCCGGGUUGCACUUUCAUCUGGCCGCUUCGAUCAACGCCGAAACGGACAUCCCGCUCGUGCCGUCCAUGCACACGACCGAUCCGGCCACGCAACCCAACUUUAUCCUGCACUGGUUGAACAACAAGGAAAUGCACUUCACGCCUCAGGCGGAGGGCAUUCUGCAGGAGAUCACCCGCAAGGUGAUCGAAAAGGAGGAUCAACAGCACCACCAGCAACAACAGAAUGUGUCCGCUAGCAACAGUGAGGGCGGUGUGGAGCCGGCUGGUGGCGGAACCGGUAUGCUGCUGGAGGAGGGAGCAAAUAAUGAGCACGAUCGUCGAACUGUUGCCGGUAAGCACCAGCUGCGCAGUGCCCUCUCGCAGGAGGAAAGCAAUAGCAACAGUGAGGACGGUCAACACCCGGGAGGGCAGAACCGUUCGCACUCGAUCGGUGCCGGUUCGCUAGCGGGUGGUCUUUCGAACACGACAUCCAUCAAUUCGCUGGCGAACGACGGCCAUCAUCAUAACCAUCUACACGUGACGGACUCGCUGGACAUGAAGAUCGAGUGUUUGCUGCGCGACUGGCACCACAGCCCGGAUCUGCUGUUCUCGAUCCACCCGAUUGACGGGAGCUACCUGAUCUGGGUGGUCGAAUGGCUAGACGAGUAUCACCCUGGUUCGUUCCGCCAGGCACAAGUGUCUUUCUCGACGCGUAUCCCAUCGGCGUUUCCACUCGGUGACGCAAUGUCCAUGUCAACGACCGUGGCGCUCUACAAUACGGGCGGGAAUCUUGGCUUUCGCGAUAUGAUUAUGCGCGGACCGAAAUCGUCGAGUUGUGGAAACGGUGGUACGAGUGCCUGCCAGCAGCAGCAAUUGGAUGUGAUCAGUGACGUUGGCAUUACGUCGCUCCCGAGUGUGCUGGAGGAGAAUGAAGCCGACGAAGGUACGGCGGCCACUGGUGGAGAGCCGGGCGGUGAUGCGGAAGGAGAAGAGGGAACGGGUCCGAUGGCCGAAAAUGGCGCUGGUGGCGAGAGGGACGCAGCAGGCGGAGAUCCGCUGGAACAGAUGGACAUACUGACCGCACCUCCGUCACCCACCAUUUCCAUGGUUACGAAGCACUCGAACGGAACGCUAAACCUCUGGCAGUUGACGUUCGCCGAUCGUAGUAAGUUUUCGCAAGUGCUUAGCAUUGGCCACGCAUCGCGCGCUUCCGGGCACCGGUUUCGCGUGAACGACAUCACUUGCCACCCGGUGUUGCCGCUUCUGUUGACCACCUCGCAUCACAACAUCCCCGACAUUCCAUCACCGAGCAAAUCGUCGGCUGCCCCGGGACGACCGAAGGAUGUGUUCGUACCGUCCGGUUUCUGCUCGGAGUUGAUUCUGUGGCGUGUGGAUGCCGUCGGUCCGCUCUCGCAGUCCGGCGGUGUCAGUGAGUUGGCACGCAUCAAUUCGCCGGAAAUUUCCGCAUUCAGCAACGUUGCCUGGAUACCGACGCUGCUGCCCAGCACCACGCUUGGUCCGCUGAGCAACUCGCCCUCGGCCUGCUUCGUCGCGAGCGAUGGCGAGUGUUUGCGCGUCUACCAAGCGGUGAUCGAUGCGCGCACCCUCCUGGCCGAAAUAUCCAGUUCCGAGCGUCGCUGCCGGCGCAUGGACUCGCUCAUGUCCCUGUCUACGGAGUCAUCAGAAAGCCACGGCGGCAUGCUUCUUCCACCGACGCUCCACGAUCGCUUCAAGAUCGUUUCGCAGCAGUCGACGGCCCGCCCCGGAUGUAUCAUUCAGCUCGAUGCGAUCGACGAUGCGACGCACGAUUGGCAGAACACGCAGUUUCUGCACGUUUUCCAGGAGCAACUGAUUACGGGCGAACGGAUCGAGAUCGUGGACCCCGUCGAUCCGACUCUGGGCGAUCCGAUGAAACCAACGAUCGGACUGAUGGACGGUGGCAUGGGUGCAAUGGUGGAUUUGCAGCGAAACGCACAGUUUGAACAACCAUUUUACCUGGUGGUCCUGGAGCGCACCAACAACGGAACUACGCUGCACAUGUGGCGCAUUGUGAUCGCUUCGCAGCCGGCCGCGGCUGAUGAUAUGAGCAGCAGCAUGAUUUACGUCCCCGACAGCAAUCUGGUGCAAGAUUUGGAUGAUCCCGAAAACAUACAUCGUCCUUCGCGGGGAACGGCAACCGGUGGCGCGGAACAUGCUUCACAUGUCAACAUCUCGACGACGAAAGUGUGCACUCAGGAACUUCCGCUCCCGGACGGUGUCGAUGUGAUACAUGCGGCUCCAGCGGCCGGCCAUCUCAGCUCGUCGUCCAUCUAUCCGGCCUGCUUUGCACCGUACAUUAUCGUGACAGCGUGCUCCGACUCAACCGUACGCUUCUGGAAGUGCAAAACCACGAAUCGACGUGCCGGCGAGGAACCGACGGCAGCCACCCGGUACGAGUGGUGCGAGUGGGAAAUGAUCCGCAAGGAUCAGGAAUCGACCAUCGACGUGAGUGGCCAGCUGCUCCACAUCAGUGCCGCUUACUCGGGGCGUAUUGCUUGCGCCUACAAGUACGGCAAAUCGUUUACGCGCCCCACGAAGAGCAGCGAUCCGGAGUCGCGGUUCGUCAAUCUGAGCGUAGCGAUCUACGAGUGCGAAUCGACGGGAGGUAGCGAGUGGGUACUGGAGGAUACGAUCCACCUGAAGAACAUUCACCUGCCGCGCAUUCAGAUGGAUCACAACCUCGACCUCAGCUAUCUGUACGAUACGCGCACGCUCCAGAAGAAGCAACGGCUGAACCAGGUGCUCCAAACGCUGUCACACGACGAUGGCCGCUCACCGCGCUCUGUCAACGGGGGCGAUGUGACGCCGGAUUCGCUGACGAAACCAACGUCAGGCCCACCGGGAUUGUUGGCGGUGCCCAGUUUCAGCACGUUGCAGUCACUACGCAAGAGCAUCACCGAGCACGGUAACACGUGUCCGAUCACGCAGAAGCAUCUGGUCCAGCUCGACUGGGUAUCGAAGGAGGACGGUUCGCACAUCCUCACGGUGGCCGUCGGUAGCAAGAUACUGCUCUUCACGCCCGUGUGCAGCGAUCUGGCGCAAUCGAACAUGAAGGCCAUGAAGGAAUCGCAGUCAACCAAUCGGCCCCUGCUGCGUAAAGCAAGCUCGUUGGCACAGCCACAUUUUAACGAUGAAAUUCGCUGGAUGAAACUGCGUCAGAUCGAGCUAACGACGGCCGACGGACUGCCGCCGCUACCGAUGCAAAUCUCCUGGGUGCGCGAUGGCAUCUUCGUGGCGGGGAUGGACUCGGAAAUGCACGUUUACUCGCAGUGGAAACCGCAGAGCACUAGCCUGUACAAUGUGAGUCACGCACCGAUGGUCGAUAUCGACGAUCUGUACGAUACGCGCAACCUGAAGGACGAGGACCUACGGUCGAUGGCGCAGGACAGCACCCAGCGCCGGUUGGCGAACGUUUCCUCGAUGCCCGUCCUGUCGCGUGUCAGCUCCAUCAACCUCAACCAGCUAAUGGCAAGCGAGGCACAGAAGAAAAAGAAACCCCAGGGCGCUGCUAGCACGAGCCAUCUGGCAACCGUUACGGCGGCCACUGCGGAGCAGCCACAGUCGUCGUCAUCUUCCGGUGGUCACGACUACAUGACGGACUAUGGGCUGUUUGAGGCGUCUCGUAUCGCGUGCCCAGUGCUACCGCAGUACCAUCCGAAGCAGCUGAUGGAGCUGCUCAACUCGGGCAAGAUUCGCUGGGUGAAGGCCAUCCUGGCGCACCUGGUGCGGUGCAUCAGUGGCUCGUACACGGUGCGCGGUUGUGGCGGGGACGAAGAAAGCCUCAACCGUCAGCGUGGUUGGUCUCGAUCUCGCACACUUUCCAUUAGCUGCCCGGCAGGCACCGUUAGUCCUCUUGAACCAAGGGGAUCGACGACACAGAUUCCGGAGGAGCUGACGCUGGACUACGCGGAAAUAACGUCAAUCCCGCCGCUACCGCUGUGGACCUUGCUGGCAGCGGACAAAGAGUCCCGGGGAAGCAAUCUGCAACAGAGCGACGAAGACUACAAUGAGCUGUUUGAGAGCAACAUUGCGGACGAAUCGUUGGACGAUUUGCUGGACGACGAGAGCGGUGGCGGUGGUGAGGUGAACCGGCACACCGAUCGCCGUUCGUCGCUCCCGGAGAAGCACUAUCUGUCGCACUUUGGGCCACGUCAGGGUCAGCUGCUGUCGCGUCUGCUCACGCACACCCACCUUCCGGGGCUAUCGUCCCUGGACCAGAUGCAUCUGCUCGCGCUCGCCGAUACCGUGUCGACGUGCAAUAUCGAUUUUGCCGAGCGUUUCGCGAUCGAUGCCGCCAAAACGGCCAUCGCGAAGGAGAACCUAACGGGGGUGCCGAACACGGAGAGCGUGUCUACCGAUUCGCUCGACGACUGUGGCUUGCGGUUCCUGUUGGCCAUGAAGCACUACAACUACCUGCUACGCUGCCUGCCCAUCUCGCAGCGGCAAUCGUUCCAACGGCAGGGCGUCGGUACGGGUAACAUCGUCUGGGCAUUCCACUCGGAGAGCGAGGAGGAGCUGCUCAACCUGAUCCCGUCCUACGUGAAGGGUCAACCGAAGUGGCACGUGCUGAAGGAGCUCGGCGUUGGUUGGUGGUUGCGCAACAACAGUCGCCUGCGGCAGUGCAUCGAGCGGCUAGCGAAGGCUUCCUUCCAGGCGAACCAAGACCCGCUCGAUGCGGCCAUCUACUACAUGGCGAUGAAGAAAAAGUCCGUUGUGUGGGGACUGUACCGGUCGAAGCGUGACGAAAAGAUGACCGCGUUCUUUGCGAACAACUUUGCCGAGGAUCGGUGGCGUAAGGCGGCACUCAAGAAUGCGUUCGCGCUGCUCGGCAAGCAGCGUUUCGAGCACGCCGUGGCCUUCUUCCUGUUGGCCAACUCGCUCAACGAUGCGCUCGAGGUGUGCCUAACGAAGCUGGAGGACUUGCAGCUCGCGCUCGUCAUCACCCGACUGUACGAGGGCGAGCACGAUGCCACGCCUCCCAGCUUCAAGCGCUUGCUGUACGAGGAGGUACUGGGCUGCGAUAAGAACGGUGAAAAUCAGGACCUCUGCCGGGCCCACCCGGACCCCUUCCUGCGCUCGAUGGCACUCUGGAUACUGAAGGACUACAGCGGCAGUCUGAGCACGCUGCUCGACAAUCAGAUCGGCAGCAUGCACCCACUGUUUGACGACGAACGAGCCGUGCUCGGCGGUGGCUCCCAUCACGAUCCGAGCCAUUCGACGAACCCGAACGUGUUCAACUUCUACGUGUACCUCCGUACGCACCCGCUCCUAAUCCGCCAGCACAUUGCCCUGUCGGCGCAGGACAAAAAGCGGGCCCAGGUGGUUAUUGCUGGCUUCAGUUACGGUGGCGGCAGUGGGGCCGAUGCUAGUGGAACUGCUGCCGGGGCUGGCACCACGGACAAACAGAUUCAGCUGGAAGAUUCUAUUACGCCGCUCGAGCGACAGCUUUACUUUACGACCGCACACGCACACUUCAAAGCCGGCUGCCCGGCGUUGGCGCUGGAGGUGUUGAGCAAACUGCCGACGAAGGUGAUCGAGCAGGAGGCGAACAGUAAUGUGCAGAGUCCGGGCGCAGGGGGUGGUCCGGUCAGUGGUGGGGGACCGUCGAUGGACAUCAAGGACCAGAGUACACUGAUCGCAACGGGCAUACUGGACUGGAGCAAGAGCACGACGGGCGGGGACAGUGGCCGUGAGACGGCCAAUUCUUUCGAUUGGGGCGCAAGCAGCACCAGCACGGCCAUGGACUGGGGUGCCCCCGCUUCCGGGGGAGCGAUGAAUGGUGACGAUGAGUUCAAAAUCGUCUGGGAUGACGACGGUGCUGGUGGUGCGGAUGAGGAGGGUGGUGCCGAAGCCGAUGCCACUCCAGGCGGCAGCUUGGACAUUAUGGCGCAGCAGCUAAAGUUUAUCGCCUGCUUGAAGAUCCUGAUGGAGGAGCUGUCGACACUGGCGACUGGAUUCGAGGUGGACGGUGGUCAGUUACGCUAUCAGCUGUACGUGUGGCUUGAGCGCGAGGUUGAAGCGCUGAAGCAGCUGUGCAAUUACAGCACGGGCGAUUCGGAGAACACGGCGAUCGAAGACACGACGGCCACGGAUCCACCGUUCGACCGAGACACGCCGGUGCUGGCAAACAAGUUCCCGCACGACAAGCCGACCCUGCACGAGAUCCUCAUUCAGGAGAAGCAAGACUUUGAGGCCAAGGUACAGCGGGCGGCUCGGCGCAAGCGGUGGUUGAAAGCGAACGAAACACUGCUCCGCACGCUGCUCAGUUACUGUUCGCUGCACGGGGCCAGCGGCGGUGGGUUGGCCUCGGUGCGGAUGGAACUGGUGCUGUUAUUGCAGGAGCUGCAGCAGGAGAAAACUCAACAGCAGCUGCUGUCUCCGCUGCCGUUCCCCACCACUUUGCCACUGUUGAGUGCUUGCGUGGCCGGCAACAAGACGGUGAUUGCGGAUCCGCUCCGGUAUCUGCAGUCGCACACGCACGAUAUGCUGCAGACGAUGGUCAGCAUGCGCAUGCCGCCGCACAUGAACCGUGCCUACAGCUUUCCGAGCGGUAUCUUCGUCCUGCGCGAUCUGGCCGUAGCGCUGUCGGCCUGCAUCUACCAGUCGCUGUGCGAUUCCGACACGUUCAGCGUGAAGCAAUCGGCGGCGGGUGCAGACGGAUCGGGUAGUCAGGGUUGCCACAGUCCGGGCAUGGAGACGAUCGCCAAACUGAAUGCCAGCUGCCAGAGCACGCAUCUCAUGGCGAACGCGGCCGCCCAUCAGCGGCGCCGCAAGUACUCGACCGAUGAGCCGCUGUCCGUCAGUACACCGCCGUCCAAGUGGCCCGGUGUGACGAACCUGCGGGCACUGUUGGCACGCGAAAAGGACGAAGAUACCCCGCGGCUGAACGUGCUGCUGUGCGAGUCGUUUGUGGCCGCGUAUAUGGCACUGUUUGUGUACGCGCUGACCACGUGCGACAGUCACAUCCUGUACCGGUUGGCGGGUCAGAACUUUUCCGAUGGCUCAUGGUCGACCCUGUUCGGUGGCGGAGUAAAGAAGCUGCUCCGCAAAGCUACAUCGCACGCACAGGCGGCCCAGGCCGUCCAGGCGCAGCUGCAGCAGGAAAGCCUCGACGGUGCCGGAGCACCCGGGAGUGAUUCCGGGACGAGCACCGGGGGCAGCACUACGACGGACGGGAGCGUGUGGGGCGCCGUCACGUCGCUCACGAAGCAACGGGUCAAGCUGAAUAUGAAACUCCUCGGGCACUUUGCCGGGCCGCAGGGGGCAUCGAGCAUGAAGGAAGACAAACCGACGUACCGGGAGCAGUUUGUGCCGCCCGAGAUGUCGAUGGUUUCGUACUUCCUUACCAAGCCGAUCCCGCGCGGCAUCGGCAUGGACGAGGAGGAGUACGAUUCGGCCGAUUCGGCCGUCUCCGACCUGGACGAGGACGAGGACGACGAGGACGUGUUCAACGAUCCGCUCAAUAACGACCCGAAGGCAUCGCAGGUGUCGGCCGCGGUGCGGAAACAUCGGCUGGAGAACAACGAGCACUCCAACCCGCACUCGUACUCGUGGAGCAUCAUGCGGUACGCGCUGAUACGCGUCGCCCAGAGUCAGCUGCAGUCGUUCAUUGCCGUGGCCGGCAUCGAAAUGCAAGAGCUUCCGGUGUGCAGUCCGCUGGUGCACGGUAUACUGCGGUCACUGUCCGCUUGGCAGGACCUGCUGAAAGAUGAGCUGGAAAACCGUGGACCAGCGUCGGUCGAUUACAUUCCGGGCUGCUUCGUGGAAUCGGAAGCUAAGGGCCCCGCCAUACACAAGUACCGGUCGUUGCUGGAACGCUCCAACACGCCGUUCAGUCCCUGUCUAUCGGCUGCGGCCCCUGCCAAACGGCUGUGGAACUAUCUCGUGCGCAUCGAAUCGGUGCAAGAUAUCUUCAUCCGUGCCGUUUUUGGCAAGAAGAAAUCAUCGUCGGCCAGCAACGCGUACGAUCUCUCGUCCGGCGGAAACGGCGGCGGUAGUGCUAUGCAUCAGCAGAACUACAACAUUCCAGAACCGGUGCGAAUCAUCCACAAGGACCAGGAGCAGAUAUCGGCGUUCUGCUUGAACAUGGUCAACCCCGGGCUGCUCGCGCUGGCCACACCGCGUGAGGUACAGGAGAUGGACAUUUCGCUGCUGCUCGAGUCACCGAACUGGAUGGAGGACGAAUGCGAGAUGGACAUCAUGAACCUGUCGCGUGACAUCGAAUCCUUGCCGUCGAGCAGCUUCCUCGUCAUACAGACCGCCACGGAUAAGCAUCUGUUGAACCAUAAUAUUAGCAGUGCCCAAAAUUACGGUGCACCAUCUAGUCCUCAACCCGGAAUUGCUGGACAAUCAGGCCGUGGCGCUUCAGUGGUGCUCAAGCAUAAGGUGGACAACAUCAAGCGCAUGAGCGCGCACCCGUUGAUGCCCCUGUACCUUACCGGCGGCCAGGACGGUUCGGUGCAGAUGUGGGAAUGGGGCCACCAGCAGGUCGUCUGCACGCCCCGCUCGCCGGGGACGUUUGCGAAGGUAACGCGAUGCCGGUUCUCGCAGCACGGUAACAAGUUUGGCAUCGCCGAUGGUGACGGUAACCUAAGCCUCUGGCAGGUGGGACUGGCCAGCCAAAGUAAUCGUCCAUUUUUCACUUAUCAAUGCCAUAAUAAAGGAAUUACAGAUUUCGUGUUUCUCGGUUCGUGCAGUUUGGUGGCAACGGCUGGCCACAGCUCGGAGAGCAAAAAUGUAGCCAUUUGGGAUACGUUAUUGCCACAGAAAAAGGCUCUAGUGUCCGCCUUCACCUGUCACGAUCAGGGUGCCUCUAGUCUAGCGUACGCACCGCAGCACCAGCUGCUCAUUUCGGCCGGCAAGAAGGGUGACGUAAACAUCUUCGAUGUACGCCAACGGGUCCUGCGCCACCGGUUCCAGGCUCACGAACAUCCGAUCAAGUGCUUAGCCAUUGACCCGAACGAGGAACAUUUUGUGACUGGCUCCGCGGACGGUGACAUUAAGGUGUGGGGCCUAACCGUACACACGCAGCUGUACAGCUUCAUGGGCGAUCACGCAAGAAGUAGCUUCUUCAAGCACAUUGGACAGGGAGUGACGCAGCUGCAGAUCGAUCAGGGUGGCCGCCUGUUCUCUUGCGGGGCGGAUGGUUCAAUGAAGGUUCGCCAGCUGCCUGACCGUGAAUCGAUCAUACACUCGCUGUACUAGAGCGGCACACAACGGCUGCAUGGAUGGUUAUUGAAUGGACUGAACACUAAUGGAACGCAACAAAAGGUACCGUACCUAGCAGAGCCUAGCUUAAACCUAUCGUUAACCCGUAUAGAACUCCAAUCUAUCAACUCAAGCAAAUACAUAUACAUAUACGUUGACAAAAGUGGGAUCGUGGAACAGCGGUAGGAACCGAUUUGCUACCAAAUGCGUGCGUGCUACUCUCGGUUUAACUCGGUUUUUGGAAGCUUUUAACCAAUUACACACUUCACCAAAAAGAUCAGUCUACGGUAAUAUCCGGCCUGUUUAACUUGUUCCGCUCUAACGAUUCGCUUGUUUCGUUUGGCGUUUGUUUCCAUUAAGUAUAGCGCGUUGAAAUUACAUGUUUGGCCGUGGGUCCGUGGGCAAAAAACAGAUGGCAGCAUGGCAAAGCAUGUGACUGAGGCUGGAUGACUAUAAGCAAAAGAUACUAUAUAUACAUAUAUAUAUAUAUAUAUAUAUAUAUAUAUACAACACGACGAUUGAUGGUGGGAGUAAUCGCAACCGACGAAUGAGGCGGACGGAAGGUGAAGCAGUAUAUUAAAUUUACACCUAAACUCAUCGCAGACAAUACCCGUAUUGAUGCUUAACGAUAAGAUUGUAAUGUUAUACCAAAAAAACGGCUAAACACGGGAGAACAGUGGGCCGCUAAAGGAGAGCAGAAACGCAACAGGCAGGCAACCCAUUUCCUCCGACAGCUGAACGACUACAUGUGAUUGGCCAAGAUAAACGCAAUGCGUGUAGACCGAUUCAAUCGACCAUCGGAAAGGGACAACGUUGGACACAGCACUGCGAACUCCAAGCGGACGUUGGACGACAAUGAAUAAGACCUAGAGUCACUAUUAUGCUAUUUAUAUAGGACACUGUUACGUGAGACGGAACCGUGAAGUUGAGGAAUUAAGUAGAGAGCAACACAGCUAGCAAGCAAAUAUGCAAGGGUAUGUAUAAAGUAUUAGGCUAAUUAGUUAGCACCAAUAUUCGACCGGAGCGUCGCGUAUUAUUCAAAUACAUUUCUUACGUCCUCCCGAUAGGCUUUUCCAAGAGACUUUCCGCUUGUUCCGUUGCGCUUCAUGCCCUAGAUUAACACACCCUCUGCACUCUACCACUGACCAGGGUUUCAUGGGGGGCGCUAUUAGAAUCUAUUUAAUCAAAAGAAGCAAGCAAGCAAUCAUUAGUGGCUCAGCGCAACCCAUUCCUGACUCUGUUAUUCCACGCACAAUUGUUUACUGUUACACUUUCCAUCUUAUUCAGUUCUUUCGAGCGAUUAGCUAACAACAAUCCUGAGGCCUCUCUUGGUUUCUAUCCAAUUCCGCGGUCGCGGGCCCGUGGUUGAUGUGAGGUAAACGAAAACGUAACAAAAACGUAUGUAUUACUGCAAUCCAACUUUGAAACGAUUGAAUGUUCUAAUGAUGAGAUAAUAACAAAACCCUACACGGCGCAUCAACUCGUAAUCACACACUCUACAGGACGCAUACGCAAAACGUGCCACAUCAGAGUGGUUUCUUGUUAACUAACAAAACCUACUGUUAUCUUUAGCCUAACAUAAGCAACCAACCCCUAGUAUCUGUAGCUGGAAAAUGACCUGGGCACUCGCGGGCAAUAAUGUGUUGAGAGGAACGCGUUGUAAGCAUACAAUAAACGAAAUAUACACACAAUACAGACACAAGAUCUAUUUAAAAGGGAUGAAUCAAUCAACCUAUAGCGGAAACUGUGGAAAAACGGCCAACCAUUAGUAUUGACAGGCGAGUUCGGAAACAAGUUCGUACGAAGGAGUUAUAAGCAUAUACAACACACACCCACACACUACAAUGCAAUGUAGGUUUUAAAGAGGUAUUAAAAGCCCGUGCCCCCUUCUUGUUGUUGUUAACUGAUGUGUAAGAUAUGAAGCAAACGAAACGAAACGAAACGCAAACAAAGCUCUGGUAUUCCUGAUUUUUGCCUUGUCAAUCCGUCUGUUCCGUCUGGUUUUAUGGCAAUCCUGCUGGGCCUCUUUCUUUCCACCCAGCAGUAGCACCGAUUAGUAAACGUUGUCCAUUUUCAAUUGGUUCUAGUGGUAGUUACAACGAGUUUAGCUGCUAUUGUUUAUUGCUUUUACAGUGCCUAGCUUGUGGCAGACAAAUGAAGCGUUGUUGAGUUUCGAUAUCAAUACCUUGUACCCCUAUUAUUCCACCACCUGGAAGCUUCUAAUCUGUCUCAAGGUUUUUCUUCACGGAACUUUACGCGCGCAGUUCUUUUGACCUCAAGAAGGACUUGGCUAUUAGUGUGAAGGCGUUCGUUAGGCGACAGAGCUAAGAAAGCUUUUGCUGGUUUUUCGUAGUUGUACGUAUGUAUGAAAAAGAAAUGUUUUCCCAUUUGUUUAUUUUAGAUCACCAUGUUUUAGUUUUUUGAAUUUAUUUAUUUACCAAUAAAUGUUCAUCGUUA